CCCAACGGCAGCUCCCAGGGGAAGGUCCACAACCCCUUCCUGCCCACGCCCAUGCUGCCUCCACCCCCUCCUCCUCCCAUGGCCCGGCCCGUCCCGCUGCCCGUCGACACCAAGCCACCGUCCACCUCGUCCACAGAGGGGGGAGGAAGCUCCCCCACCUCCCCCACGUACUCCACCCCCACCACGUCUCCGGCCCAGCGUUUCGUCAGCGUCGGACCCCGAGACCCCGGCUUUAACAUCCCCCAACAACCACAGUGGUACCUGGGGUAGGGACUCCUGAGACGUCACCACCCACUUGUUCAACCGACUGCUGCAACCUCAUCCUUAAUCUUUGACCUUUGACCCCUGCCGUGACAGCAAACCCGUCUCACCUGUCCUUGGACCCCGCCCCCUCCCUCCUCGCCACUUGACUCAGCAGCAUCAGCAUGACUACAGCGGAUCAAAGGCAACCCCUCUGUACGUCCUAGACUUUCUGUAUGGGUCAUAUGGAUCCAUGGUGCCAGACCCUGAGUGCCCCACCCUGCGCCCCCACAGCCCAGAAGGGUCUGAUAAUUGUGGGGGGGGGCUGAGCCAUCAGUUCUUGGAAACGCCUUCAGACUGAAUAAACUUUGGAGGAGCUGCAGCUGCACUCUCCAUCACCCUCUGCAAUGUGAACUUGCACUGAUUUAAAGACCCCGGGUCCACCACCCCAGUCCUGCCUCUGUCCCAGUGGAUCCCUGCAGACUGGGUCUGGCUCAGAUACCACCAGCUAAACCCCUAACAUACCUGAGCCUGAACGCACCUCCUGGGAUGGACUGCACCUCUUUUCUUUUUUUACUCGGACUUGGAGGGACUCGGCCCUUCCUGACUCGCCUCCAGGCUGCUGUGAGGUCAGGGAGGRAGGAGCCAGCAUGGCUCGCUCUGAAGACGUGGACCAGUGCUUAAUGGGAGGAGCUAAAGGGAGAUGCCCCGCCUGCUUUUGGAAUGGGGGGCGUGGUUUGUGUUGCUCCAGACUCUGGUAGACCCAGUUUUGUUUCUGUGAYGGUUUUUGCUUCAUGGUUCAUUGAUUUAUUUCUCUUUUAGCACCAUUUCAGCCAGUCCUUCCUCUUCCUCGCCCCUCCAUCCACGGGUCGGUCCGGGUGCAGCGUAUGAAGGCGGGGGGUCGGAAACAGUCAGGAGAGAAYGGCUUCUCUGAAACCUCACCAGUGAAAUCCUGAGGAAAGUGCAAUUUAGUUGGUUAGCUGUUGAUAAUGACGUGUUUGUAAGAAACCAGAGUCGUUGAAUUUGAAUCUAUAUUUUUCUUCCGAGUCCACUCCCACCUCCGGGACUCUAAAAUACGGAGGUAAAAAAGAAAACUCAAAGCCACGGCUUUGUGCUGUUUUCACUUUUGUUUAUUUGUUGUUUGUUCGUAUAAAAGUGUUAGUUUGAUAUAAAAAUCCCUUUAAGAAAAUUCAUUUCAACAA